AUUUUUGCAGGACGCAUAGACAUGCUGACGAUCAUGGCCAUGCGCUGGAACCAACAAAAAUUUGACAACUUGGCUUCUACCCUUGCCCGCCGAUAUCGGAAGGCCACAAUAGCCCUGCAAUGCCAGUUGCAUAACCUGGAGGCCAUGAAAACGGAAAUGGACAUCUCAGACAAUCAACUGGAGAGCUGGAUCAUUGAUAUCAAUGAGUGGGCAGAAGCAACAACAUCCCCAAAUGAUGCUGAUGUUGCCGCUGUUGCCAGCCGAAUUGGGGAGCUGGUGGCAAGUGUUAAGAGGAGGUCCCAGCGUCUUUAUAAGGAUAGUGACGGAUGCAAAGGACGUGCCCGAAUCCGCCAAAAGAUCAGGGAGGGAAAAAAAAUCUUAAAUUCUGUAGUGGAAAAGUACAACACCUUGGUUCCUAAUGCAGAAAAACUGACAUUGGACACCAUUUUAUCUGACGAGAUUGUUUGGCCAUGGCAGCUUACACACAGUGAUCUAAGGACAAAGAGGAAGGCGUUCGACAUUGUGAUGGCAGUAAGGAGACUUGAGGAGAAGAGGAUUCUUAUUGCAGAGAUGAACAAGCAUUGGAAGUCUCUUUGCACCCGUGCAGACACCCUGAAGCAGAUGUCAUCCCAGCUUUCUAAUGUCACAUCAGAUGGUAUCCGAGGUCUACAGAGCUUGACGAUGAAGAACAAGGAAGCAAGCAACAGCCUGGCAAAACAUGCAAAGAAAUGUUAUGUUCAAGUUCUGACUGAAACAGAAAUUAACUUUGAUAGUAAUUCUGAGGAAUACCAUACCAGUAGUGACUCUGACCAAGAUUAA